UUUCAAAGUCGUCGUAAUGGACUGACCUCUACAAAGUGUAAUAAUAUCUACUCGAUAAGCAAAUACAACUGUUACGUUUUGAAUCGAAAGUCUGUGAUUAAAUUUAUUUCUAUUUAUUAAAUUAGUAAAAUAAUUUAUUGUGAAUAUUCGAAAAUGUUCUUGGAGGUAAAAACGGUUUUUAAGCUCAGCCUUAUUUGCUUGUUUGCUGUUUUUGGACAAGUGCGAACUGAUGACCAAAAUGGAACUACGACAAUAACGUCACAAACUAUCGAUAAAGAUGAUCUGGCGAAUCUGGUUAAUAAUUUCGGAUAUAAAAUUACGUUAAAAAUGAUGAGUAAAGAAAAUAAUAAGAACAUUAUAAUAUCUCCUGUAGGAAUUGCAGGUUUGAUGGCAAUGACUCUUUUGGGUUGUGUCGGUAAGUCAUACGAUGAGCUGGCCGAGACGCUCGGGUUUUCUCAAGAUGUUAGAAUUAAUCGUUACAAUCACGAACAAUUUGGCGACAUAUUAAAGAGUCUGAAUUCAAAUGAAACAUCAACCAAAACGAUGUACGCCGACGCACUUUUCAUUGACUCUAAAUCGAAGCUUCGAGAAGCGUUUCGAACCUACUUAAAAAGUGUAUAUGACGGCGAAGCAAGAGCAGUUGACUUCACCGACAGAGAUACCGUUAAAAUGGAAAUAAACGAGUGGGUGAGUAAUCACACAAAUGAGAAAAUUACAGACUUUUUAAAAGAACCACUCCGAGGCGACACCAAGACAGUCUUAUUGAGUGCCUUAUAUUUUAGUGGUCAAUGGAAAUCCCCGUUUAUUCAAGAAUACACGAUGAAAUUACCAUUUAAAAAAACUGAUGGAGAAGUACUGGCAGACCUGAUGUUGAAUAUGGGACAUUUUGAUACCAUUUAUUCAUUGGAAGAUGAUGUUCACAUGGUAGCGAUUCCAUACAACGACACCACAACCUUAUAUGCGCUCAAACCGCGACGACCUCAUAAGCAGAACCUAACUGAACUCAUGAACAAAUUAAGUUAUACAAAGAUUGAUAAUCUAAUUAAUAAAAUGCAAAAUAAUAAGGCAGUCAUUAGGAUCCCAAAAAUGGACUUAAAAUUUAGUGCCAAUUUAGAAGAUCCACUGAAAGCAUUAGGAGUUCAAUCUAUUUUUAUCCCCGGAAAAGCUAACUUUGCUCUUAUGAUUGACAGUAGUAAUGACUUAAACAAGACCGAGAUGGAAUUAAUUUCAAGAAUAAAUGACCCAAAAAUUGUAGAAUUAAAUUUGAGGAAAAUUAUUGAUGAUUUACCGAAUCCUGGUGUCUACGUGGAUUCUAUCCUACAUGAUGUAAGAAUAACGAUAGAUGAACGUGGCACAGAAGCAGUUGCAGCAACAAGUGGAAUAUUAGGUAGAUCAGCUGAACUUUUUUAUUUAGAUUCACCAUUCUAUAUGUUCAUACGAAAUGAGAAAACUAAACUUGUAACAUUCAGUGCUGUUAUAUUUGAUCCCACCAGUUAAAAUUUAUAUACCAUUUUUAACUUUAAUAAAUAAAAAAAGUAAUACAUAAUCUAGAUGUUUAUUAUA